AUGUGCAUCGACACUGCGGAAGCACGUGGUGAGCCGGUGUUCUGUGUCCACAGACAGCACCACACCGUCGCUCACGAGGCUGCCAGCCCCAGGGCUCACACGUCCAUAAUUUGGCAGCGCAGAGUUGGCAGGCGCCGACCGCAGGCCGCGUCUGCGAUGGCCUUGCACACGCGCCACUGCCUCUUCGCGGCGGUUCUGCUCUUCGCCCUUUCCGCCUGCGGGGGACUGCAGCACUACCGCUCGAGGCUGCCCAAUGGGGACUUUGUGCCGUGCCCGCCCGAUCACGACUGCGCGGGGGAGACGUGCGUCGGCGUGGGCCACAUGUCGUGUGACGGGGGCGUCGUGACGCCGGAGCGCAACCCUUUUGGACAGGAUUUUGAGCUCGAAGGACGCUUUUGGACAAGGGAUUUGUGCGAGAAGGACUCAGAUGGCGACGGAUUCACCAAUGGGGAGGAGCUGGGAGAUCCUUGUUGUGUGUGGCACCAGGGUGUCAGCCUUCCUCUGUGGAUGACUGCUGCAGAAUGGGACAUAUCGCAUCCAGGCUUUGUGUCAUCCAGGCCAGACCAACCUGUGGACAGAGAGGCUCUGUGCAAAGACACCCCGGUGCUGGCCGCCGACACGUUCUUCAAUGAUGCCGAGCGGGAAGUGACAACGGAUUUUCUGAUAAAUGAACACGUCAUCCGUUCCCAAGAGACUGUGUACGACUACGUACGGUUCAAUUUCCCGGAAGACGAAACCUAUCACAUGGUGGGCGUGGAGCCCAUCGUAGACAAUGAGGAAAUGGUGCACCACUUCAUCAUGUAUGCAUGCAGCGCUCCAACGAAUUCGCCAGGGGCACUCAUACCCAACAGGCAGGAGAUGGAUACGCAGUGUGAGGAAUCCAUCUAUUUAUGGGGUCCCGGAAACGGGAACUUCAGUGCCCCGAAGAAUGCAGGCAUUCUUGUUGGAAAGGGCACCGGGCGCUUGGGAUUUGAGCUUGAAAUUCACUACGACAACCCGCUGGAGAAGGAAGGCCAAACGGACGCCAGCGGAGUUCGUGUUCACCUGACGCCGGAUCUGCGUCCAGACGAGAUUGGCAUCCUUUGGGCUGGCUCAAUUGUCAGUGUCGGGCAGAUUCCCCCAAAAGAGCGCAGCGUCUUCUCUACAACCGUGUGCCAGUUGAAAAUAGACGAGGCAGCUGCACCCGGGGGCAUCACUGUGUACGCGAAUGCGCCCCACAUGCACUUCCUCGGGAGUAGAUUGUGGACAGACAUCCUGAGAGUCAAGUCUGAAGACCAGCAGACAGGCGGGCGGUUCGUGACGGACCUAAACCAGCUGGAGAAGGUCAAGGAGCUCUCCAGGGAGGAUGCUUAUGACUUCAAUGUGCAACGGACAAUUCCUACCGCUGCCCUCAAAUUGAGGAACGGAGACUUCCUGGCAACUACAUGUGUCUACGACUCUAAUGGGAGAGAUGUGUAUACAUUGGGGGGGCUUGGGAGUUAUGAUGAAAUGUGCGUCAACUUCUUGAGCUACUACCCCGCUGCAGCCACAGAUGUCCUGCUUUACUGUUCGGGCCCUCGGUACUUCGGGACGUCCCUGCCCAAGUCAGUCUCUUCUGUUCAUGAGAUAGCCGACAUCUCAGGCGUGGGCACAGCGAUACCCAAAUGGCGUCAGGCUUAUCUUUCCAAGGACAUCCCGUGCAUUCCCACGAACUACACCUCCGUCGAUAUUACUCGCCCUGAACGCUCUCCCAACUUCUGGCAAGAGGCAAACAAGGUCUGCGGGGAAAUGCUCCCUUCCGGGGACUGGUCAUGCUCAACAGAGUGCGCGAAACUUCUGUACAACCACUUGGGAUGCGCCCUGCUGGAAGAUGCUGUGUCCGGAGACGGGAAAACUCUCAGCAUGCUGGGGUCCCCGAUGGAAAUCAUGGUGGAAUCAAGUUGCAAGGAGGAAUUCAUGAAGAUCUAUGAAGCAGAGGGGUUGCCGAUAGAGGUAGGGAGCGCGCCCAUUUUGGACCAGUCAGUGGCGAAUGACGCAGUGGAGCAGCAGAGCGCGGAAGGCGAAAGCGCUGCAGGGUUGCCAUGGAUUGCUGGUGGCGGCUUAGCCGCUGCGGCGAUGCUGACAUUGGCCGCGGUCCUCUGA